AUGGGGGGCCUCUGGCCUUGGGUGCUGGGUCUGCUAUCUGUUCCAGGUUUGAUCCUAGGAGCGCCCUCAGCCUCCAGCUGCCCAGGAGCCUGUGAGCCCAGCUUCUCAGAAGGUCUGGCCCCUGAGGCAACCCAGACGUCUUGGGACAAGGACAUCCCUGCGAUUAACCAAGGGCUCAUCCCAGAGGAAACUCCAGAGAGCAGCUUCCUCCUCGAGGGGGACAUCCUCCGGCCGAGUCCCUUCCGGCUGUUGUCGGCUUCCAGCAACAAGUGGCCCAAGAAUGAUGGGGUUGUGGAGGUCCCCUUCCUGCUCUCCAGCAAGUACGACCAGCCCAGCCGCGAGGUCAUCCUGGAGGCCUUCGCCGAGUUUGAACGCUUCACGUGCAUCAGGUUUGUCGCCUACCAGGGCCAGAGAGACUUCAUUUCCAUCAUCCCCAUGUCUGGGUGCUUCUCGGGUGUGGGACGCAGUGGAGGGAUGCAGGUGGUAUCCUUGGCACCCACCUGUCUCCAGAGGGGCCGGGGCAUUGUCCUGCAUGAGCUCAUGCACGUGCUGGGCUUCUGGCACGAGCAUGCACGGGCUGACCGGGACCGCUAUAUCCGUGUCAACUGGAAUGAGAUCCUCCCAGGCUUUGAAAUCAACUUCAUCAAAUCUCCGAACAGUAACAUGCUGGUGCCCUAUGACUACUCAUCAGUGAUGCACUAUGGGAGGCUUGCCUUCAGUCGGCGUGGGCUGCCCACCAUCACGCCGCUCUGGGCCCCCAGUGUCCACAUUGGCCAGCGAUGGAACCUCAGCACCUCGGACAUCACACGGGUCCUCAGGCUUUAUGACUGUAGCCCGAGUGGCCCCGACCCCCGUGGGAGAGGGUUCCAGGCCCACAGCAGUGGCAGGAGCCCCACUCCUGCCUCGAGACCACACCUGCAGAGGUUUCUGAAGGCAUUGUUGGCAGAAUCCAGUGGCUCCAGGGCUGGAGGACAGCGUGUCGCUGCAGGGCCUGGAGAGAGCCUACAUGGGCUGGAGCCCCCUGCCCUGAGGAAUUUCGGUGUGGAGGCCUCUGCAAGACCACCUCAGACCCCAGCUUCCUCCCCAAGGUCAAGGCCUGGAGCAGGUGCUCCUGGUAUUGCUCCGGAGCGGUCCUGGCAGGGCCAAGUACCCACUGUACCCCCAGCCCCAUCUCUAGAAGCAGAAGACCAGCCAGCACCUAUCCAGCUGCUUUGGGGAAACCCAGCUCAGCCAGGAGCCAGAGUACCUGGAAGUCACAUCAGGGGGACCCCCAGAGGUCGAGCCUGUGGCUUCUAUCCCUGA